GUUCUAGUCUACAGGAAUGCAAGGCUCAAAUCAAUUCAAGCAAGCGUUGCUCGAGAGUCUGCUUCUGGAACUCCAGAAGCCUGGCGUAGUGGCAUCCAGGAAGAUGGGCUUCCACGGGACGAAGCACGCGAUCAGGCUCGCGGCGGAUGCCGCACUCGUGAACGUGAGGGGCGCCGGCGCGACGCGCUGGAGCCGGACCAUGCAGACGGCGGUGGAGCUUGGGAACCGCCAGCAUGUCACUCCCAGAGCCAAGUCGGCGUCCGGCAAGACGAUCUUGAGGAGAGGCCACCGGCUGAGGCGCCCGAGGAUGGCCGUCAGGGCGAUGGCGUGCGGCUCGACCGGCGUCCUCGCGAGGGCCUUCGUGAGGAAGAGGAGGACGGUGUUGAAAAGGAUCGUGCCGGGAGUGGAGAAGCUCGACGAUGAGUGCACGUUGCUGAGCGAAACCUUGGACUAUGCCGUGUGUCUCAGAGCUCAGGUCGACGUAAUGCAGCUUCUCGUGAGGGCUCUUCAGGCUGCAAAACCCUAGCAAAUCGAUCUCCUGUUUAUUACCUUGUAUUGCGUGUACGGAGUUCAUGUGGAGAUAAAGCUUGUAAGAUAUCAAGCACCUUUUGAUCUCCCAUCGUUAUUCAACAGUGUGAGAGGGACGAUUAUGAAGAUCCUCGGAUCAAUGAUAUGUAUUUCAGUAUGUCAAGUAAAACAUUGUGUA